AUGGAGGCUGCGCAAAGAGCACCCGCAGCUUCUGCAGUCGUGCACCAUGAGCGAUAUUACUUCCCUGCCGGGACAGUCGUCAUAAAGGUUGGACACGUCUUAUACCGUCCGCACCGCGACAUCCUAGACUCGGAGGUCUUCCACCAUAUGUUCUCCAUGCCACCUGGAGAUUCCGGUGCGGAAGGGCUGGAUGAUGUGAGGCCGAUUACGCUCGCGUUUGUCACAACUCGACAGUUUGAAGACUUCUUGGAUUUUGUCUACAGACCUUGGUCUCCACCGCCAUACAGCGUUGAUAGCCUUAUCAAUCUCUACGAGCUCGGGAAAAUGUGGCUGAUGGACGAUGCCAUGGCCUUUGCUCGCAGCCAGCUAGAUUCAAUGACUCUUCAUCCAGCACGACGUCUUCAAGUUGCACGCCUGCUUAGGGUCGAGGCGUGGCUUGCUCCCGCCUUUCGCCAGCUGGUCACCAUGCCGCUGCGUGAUCUGACACUUGAACACGGUCGGCAGAUAGGGCUCGAGACAUACCAAAUCCUCACAAAAGCAAAGGAUGGUAUCGAACGCGAGCGGCGAUUAGCUGCUGCGAAGCCGCCGAUGCUCGAUGUUCAGGACGUGGAGUGCGAGGAUCACCGGAGAUGUCAGAGUAACUGGAAUGUGUUGUGGAAGAGGAAAGUCGGUGCCGCUCUCUUACAUCCCGACACGCCACUCGCGUUUGCGCAGGUGCUCGACCAUGUGCAAUCCGUAGAAUGGGUGGAUGUCUUCACCGGAUGCCGUGACGGUGCCAUCGAGAAGCUUGAAGCUAACGGUUUCGUGAGGGACAAUGAAAUCAUCCAGCAGGCAGUCAGUCUACUUUCACCUUACUAUCAGUCUGAUGACUCGGGAUUCCGUGGGCCGCGAAUUUGA